AUGUUCAAAGUAAACUACUCCAUCUACAACUCCUUCGCUGCUACUGUGCAGGACCUACUGCCACAACUACCUAGAAUGGUCCAAGAUCACUUUAAUCAUGUCAUGGAGGAUGAGGUCUAUGGUACACCCAAUGCUCCAAAGGACAGUCAACUACUGGAAUUCAUUGUCGACAAUGAUGGGGAACAAACUAUUUCACCUUUGACUAUCUUGGCCAAGUGUGUCAGUGCCCUCUAUCAAGGAACACACAGUCUCGGCCUGUUCACCAAUCGAAUUGAGCUUGACACUUCCACAUCUGUUGGAGGUGAUCCCCCCACUUCUGACUCAGAUGUCUCCAACUGGUGCUUAGUCAGUUGUGACACCACUCCAGGGCCCACACCCAAGCUCAACAUGCUCACUAACCACCAUUCAAAAGUGCUUUCUGGUCUAAAUGACAAGAUGAGGUGGGAUGAUCAAGACCUUCUCAAUCCUAGUUUCUUGGACAGACUGCACACUGAAUACUUUGCAGAACAUGGUGAUCAGCCAGUGCCAAUCACUGUUGAACUAUUCAACUGGGUGGUGGACAAGUGUACCAUGCACUCUAUCACCAAAGAGUACAAGCUUCUUGCCUCAGCCUAUGCACUAUGCUGGAAUCAAGUGGGUCGCCAUGCAUAUGACUUCCUCAUCAAAUGGGAAGCUCAUGUCUUGGAAUUGCACACAUACCUGAAGACUCCAUGGAUGCCUGAUCACUGUUAUAGGACCCUCAAGCAUGCACUGCCAUCCAACAGAAACACCCUGUUCAACUUGGUGUUCAUCCUGCAUGAACAACAUCAUGGUAGAGAGCAGAUGGCUGAGAGUGUUGCUGAUGUCUUAUGCAGAUGUUAUGAACUUGCGGCCAUGAGUGUUCCAGUGAACCAGCACCACCACACAACCGAGGAGUCCAAACUCACCGCUUUGCGAGCCGCCACUCUCAUUAACUGCUGGGUGUGUGGUAAACUCGGUCAUGCAGCCAAUUGUUGUCCAAACGAUGCUUCCCAUGCUCGCUGGAAAGAAGGGAGAGUCAAGGUGCCGCCGAAGAGUCAUGCGAACACAUGUGUCAGGGGUUGUGCGCCUGAAACCCGAAAUCUGUGGUAG